AUGAAACUUGCGUUCACAGUGAACAUGUUUGACCGUAAGCAUUCUUGGAUUUAUCGAGAUGUGUUUUGGUUUGUUUUCGUUUUGAGUUUGGCGUACCUCGAAGAGGCAGAAAGUAAAUGUACUGAAGCAUUCUUCAAGCAAAUUGAUGGUGCGUAUACCAAUGUCGAUUUCAGGUUCAAAGCGCGAUUCCCAAAUUCAUUGUGAAUAUUCCCAAUUAUACGUUUCUAAAUUUGGAAUAAUCAAUAAUGGGCGUGGAACUCGUAAAGCCACGGGUAUAUAGGCCGUAUAGCGAAUUAGCGAUUUUCCUUUCCAAACUUGAUAGCAUUUUGGCAGCUAUAAUCCUAUAUGCACGCUCACAAUACUAGAUUAAGAAACCAACAAAAAACACAAAAAAAUGCCAUUAUUUAAUAUUUAGGGGCAGGCCUAACAACAAUCGUUUUGUCCACACAUCGAGUCAAGCACUUGCCAUAUUGUGCAAAGCAUUGUUCUGAUAAUACGGAGAAAUGCGCUGGAUUUAAAUAUCGUUCUCCCACAAACCAUCUACCGAAUUGUGAAGUUCUCAAGGCAAUGGGCAUCUGUAGGCCUAAUUACAACAAGUCGAGGACUGAAUGUGAGGGAGACACUUGGCAGUUCUUUCAAACAGUCCAAGAUAAACCGGUAAGCGUAAACUUGGACCGUUUAGUGAUACCUGGGGAGUCUCUUUUUAAUUUUUUAUUUUCACUUUCAUUCCAGCCACAUUCGAAAUUAAACAUAUGUAAAAACGGUGGAACAUGUGUUAAAGAGCAUUGUCUCAGUGAUGACUUCAGAUGUAUUUGUCGUGGAAACUUUUUUGGCAAGUUUUGCAAUGAAGUGAAUGGUAGGUUCAUUCCUUUGGCCACUUUAAUCAUUUUCCCUUUUCAUUUGUUGUGCAAUUAGAAUACCAAGUCUAAGUAAACGUUUAAUUCCAAUUAUGUAUCAUGCAUAUAACUAUCAUGCAGUACAAUUAGUUUAAUCUGCCCGGCAAAGCAAGACUAACCUAAUUAAUUUCUCAUCCAAUCAGUUUAUCCGAAUUUAACCAAAAUUUAAUCAAUUUGUUCUUGAGCAAUGCUCUUUAUUCUUUAAUCAAUAUGUUUUUGAGCAAGCUCCUGACGGAGAUAUGACAAGCAAACAUAUAUCUAAUAUGAACUCACAUAAAUUGCAAGAUGAUACUGCAGCAGUAAAUUAUUUUAUACAACGUUUUAGAGACUUCUGCUUCUUGUGAAGAAUUACACCAAAUUGGCGGGUAAGAUUGUUUACUUUUGGUAUAAAACUAUAAAUACAGAAAGCAACAUUUUUUGAUUGCUUAAAGUUUAUCCACUGGUAUGUUGUUAUAGUGGUUUAUAGUAUUGAGCACGUUUCUCUAAGUAUCAUCAAGUUGCUUCUUUACCGUUCAUGGUUCUUUGAAAUAUUUCAGUGAUUUACUAAACGGGGUUUACAGCAUUCAAACCAAGACAGACACAAGGAUGACGAAAACCUACUGUCAGAUGACGUCACUUGAAGGCUGUGCAGGUGGUGGUUGGACCAUGGUGAUGAAAGUCGAUGGACAUAAGGUUUGAUUUUUACUGCGAUUUGCUUUCAAAGUAUAUACGACGUGUAUAAUGUAGCUGUCUGCAUGGCGUUUAUGUAUAGGAAGUACUUUUAACACCUUCGGUAACAUACAUGUACAACUUACCCGUGUAGAUGGUUAGGUACAUUGGGUGGGAGGCCUGCCGUUUGUACACCAGAUACUUACCAUUACUUGGAUUCAGGUCAAGCUUCCAAGUAUUGACCUGACCACCCGUUUGCACCUAUCACACCGAGUUACUCGGUGGAACGCAAACAAAUGAUGAAGAAUUAAGAAUCAGAGUGACAAGAAAUAUUUUUUUCUUGCUUGCGCUUACAAUUGCUUGUCAAGCUGCGCUUCUCACAAUGAUGCAGGCAACGCCUGUUGUGCUUCCUGCCUUUAACGCCUAGGUUCGGCCCAUGCUCCGCGCGCUAUGUUACCUAACUUACCUUGUUGUUAACCUUGCUUAUUGCAUAACCUCAUUAAACUACUUUUUAUCUUUAAAAGGCUAAUGCGCCUAAGCCCACUCUUGACGCCAUCAUCUUCCGCCAUCUCUUGACUUUAUAUUGCUUUCAGCCAAAAUAUUUCAAUAGUUAUAAAGCUUAAGGCAUGAAAAGUCUGCAACAAGAUUUAAUACAUAAUUUUAAACGUUCUUUGAAUGAGAUAAACUAAAUUUUUAUUUCCAAUGCUCUUUAAUGCAAUAAAUUCCGAUCUUCUUUAUUAAAUUACUUUAUUUUAAACAGAAAACAUUUAAAUACAAUUCCUCGUACUGGUCAAACGAACAAACAUUUAAUCCCAUUGGUGGAACAUCUGGCUUUGAUGACGUGGAAACAAAACUGCCAACCUACUGGAGUACUUCAUUUAAGGAGCUAUGUAUUGGAAUGAAAGUCGGCAAUGAUUCCUGA